AGUCAGACAGUGUAGUUGAACACAGUGUGGUGACAAUGGCCGAAGAACGAAGGGUCACAUCCAAGUGGACAAUUAUAACAAACAAUUGAGCCGAAAGCGGCGGAAAGCGUGGAAAAUUCCCUUCGAAGGGAACAGUGAAACCGGUGGUGUGGAAAUUCGUUCGAUUGGGCCGAAGAAUCGGUGGAAAUUAUCGAUUUUCAAAAUUUGUCAUAGUCACAGUUAGAGAGAAGAUUAACGCCAUUUCACCCGUCGAUUACCAACACAGGUUCAAAACCGGAUUCGACGACUUGUUUGAGAGCAGUGUAGUGUAGUGUACGACGACAACGACGACAAGAUUCGGAUCCUUAUUAGAUUUGAAUAUUCAAAAUCUGGUUGGAAAAUGGCCUCGAUCCGGGGGGAAACUUGUGCAAAAAGGUGUCCCAGGCGGAAGUGAAGUGAUUGUGAGUUGCGUAUUGUUGCAAAUCCUGCUGGUUCCUGAAUUGAUUUGUCAUACGUGACACCCAGCCACCAACAGGAAGAGAAAGUUGGCCUCUCGUCUCUGCAGUGAUUCAAUGGCGCGGAAUGCCAAUAAGAAUCCCCCGAGAGCAAUUCAAAAGUUAAAAGUGCCAAAAUCGUGCAUCGUGUGAAUCAUACCGAGGAAACUCCGAAAUGCAAAAGUGAUCGGAAACUGCAAAACGCAAUGAAGACGAAGAAGAAAUCAAUCGAAAAAUUAUCGCGUCGAAGAGAUAUUAAAUAGGCCAGUGACUUUGCUUAAGCACACCAAUGUUGCGUUAAAGCACACGUACGCUACGCGUCGUCACAUCGAUACCAGUUUUGAAAGGAAUGUUUCAUGCUUACGCGCGGAGAGGGAAAAAAGGAUCGAUCCACCCACGUUCACUACCAUGGAGAGCAAAAAGCUGCAACAGCUCCAGCAGGCAAACUCACACCUUGCACCGAUUCCACAAACGAAACCUCCCACGUUUCAACAACAGAACAACGAAUAUCGACCUACCAGGUCACCAGUAUUCCAAAAUCAUCCGCAGUAUCAGAGCUUUGCAUCGAACUUUGCUCAGAUCAACUAUCCACACCAAAUACGACCCCAGCAACAACACCAACAACAACAGCAGCAGCAACAGAAACAGCAACUUCAACAGCAGCAGCAACAACACCUCAGCGCACACAGCAGUCCCAAAUCGAACAGUAACAGUCUCUACCUGAGCGAAUACUCCAGCUCCAGUCAUGCCGGGCAACAGCAGCACCAUCACACGAUCGGAAGUCAUUACCAUUUCGAUCAAAUCUAUCAAACGAGUUCCCCUUCGAGUGGCAGUGGCGAACGGGAACGUCUCUACCAAACGGCCCCAAGGUCAACGCAGCACAAUCACGCGACGAACCAGCAGCAACCACUCACCAAGCUCGAACUGCAGUUCCAGCAACUGCAGCGUGAGAAAAUACAAGCGCAAAUCAAAACCGCAACGGAAGCGCUUGCCCAUCAACAGCAAACCUUCGCCCUGCGUCAACAGCUGAACCCCCCGGUCCCCAACUACCACCUCAAGCAGAAUCUCCUCCAGAAUCUCUCCCAGCAACAUCAACAGCAGAUCCAACAGCAGCAGCAACAUCAACAGAACCGCAAUGCCCCACCCUCCAGUCUGAACCUGACGAGUCACUUUCAACCGGCCCAAGGUCCGAUGAAGCUCGCCAACCCAAACAUCCACGACUACGGCGCAACUGCCGCCACAAACCAACACGCCAUGAACGAAGCUUUCUACCAGUCCUCUCAGCAAAAGCACAUGCACCCCAAAACCCCCAACAACCUUCAAUCGCCGGCACCGAACCAGAUCAUCAUCCAGCAGAACAUCCCCGGCCAGGUGGUGAACCAAGCUUGCCAGACGCAAAUCAGCGGCAUGAAACCCCAAUCGCAGACCCAGAAAUCCCCCAACUCGGAUUCUCUAUCAUCGCCCUCGCAUGAUGGUCUAGAACGGCGGAAAAGCGGACCCGUGCACACCUUGAAAUCCCCGGUCACCAAGCGACCUCCCAACGCCCCAGUCAGCAUGUCCGGCUGGCUGUUCAAACAGGGCUCCGACGGCCUCAAAGUCUGGCGAAGGCGUUGGUUUGUCCUGGCUGAAUACGUUCUGUACUACUACAAAAGCCAGGAAGAGGAGAAACUCCUAGGGACCGUACUACUGCCAUCCUACAAAAUAUCAGCGUGCUUCCCGGAGGACAAGGUGUACCGCAAGUUCGCCUUCAAGUGCGAACACACAAACAUGCGCACGUUCGUGUUUGCCGCCGAAACGGCCGAAUCGAUGACCUCCUGGGUCCGGAUGCUAACCCUGGCCACCAUGAUGCUAGGCAGCAGCGAGUCGGAAACUAGUCCUCCAUCGAACAACGCUCGCAGUGGAGAUAACAGCGACUCCGGAAUCCAAACCUACCAAUCGCAGAUCUGCAAAACGGGUAUCAUCCAGGCUCCGGUGACUCCAGUCUCCGACAACGGCGGGGGCUCUCAGCCACUCUACGCCAACGCACCACCCAAACCCAGGCGAGCCACCGACGGCGGCUAUUCCUCCCCUAGUCCCGAACAUCUACCCGAUCGCUACGAUCACGACCCCCAACAGCUACGACCGAACGACCCGAUCUACGGAGUCAAGACUCCGGACGCGAUGAACAAUCCCAACCUCGUACAAUCACAAUCACCUCUCAUCAAGCGAGGCUUCAACGAUCAGUUAGCGUACGACCCGAAUGCGUAUCCCUCCCCGAGCGCACAAUCAAGCCAUAACUACAACGAUGCGCUCUACGGCAACGCAAAGCGCAUCGAACGAGACCUGUACAUCCAGAAGCUGAUCCAACAGCAACAGCAGCAGCAACAACAGCUGCAGCAACUUCAACAGCAACAGCAGCACAAGCAGCAACAGCUGCAAGCACUCCAGCAAACUCCACAACAACAGCAGCGAGCAUUCACCAAUCCCUUCAUGUACCCGAAUGCAACGACGGAUCGACGGACGCCGGACACCUAUGGGCCACCGCGAGCCGCCCUCGAGAAACACAUGUCUGACUACGAGGACAUCUAUAACCUGACGAUGCUGUCAAAGUCGUUGCCACCGAACAUGGGCGACGAGGCAGCGGCGGCGGCGGUCGCUUCCGGCGCUUACCGGCGACCCAUGAGCCCGCUGCGGUACGAACAGCAGAACAGUCAGAACCCGGCGAUGCCCCAGCGGUACACGCCGAACUAUCUGGAGAACUCACCCGCACAGCAACAGCACGUACAAAUGCGAGCCCGUCCGGUGCAGUCGACCAUUCCGCGUCCGCACUCGGCCGACUUCCUGGACUACGAAGCCCGCAAUCCGAUCAAGGCCAAGCAGAAGGACGAACCGACCCGGGCGCCCCGUCCCAAGUCCAGCCUGGACAUCAACCGUACUCCGGACAACUACUACUACUCCGAGGCAAGCUACGCGGAGAAGAUGCGCAUGCAGAGCGCGUCCUACCUGCAGAGGGCCAACCUUGGCGCAAUGGCUGGGAAGAUGCGAGGCGAUGAACCGCAGGGAGUCAUGAAUUCCAGCACUGUGCCACGGGACGGAUACUACGGCAGUCGGAUGGAUUACGGGGACGAGUUGCAGCAUGGUUCGGCCAGCGUCCCUCGAACUCAGCGGAUCACCAUGAACAAUCUCAAGAAGUACCCCUCUCAGCAGGAACAGUUUCUACGGUCGGCCAGCGCGCGUUUACCACGAAAAGAGGAAGAUCCCUCUGCUCGCGACGGUGAGCGCAAGCGGGAAGAGUCGAUGAAACGGUUGCUGGAGUGGAAGCAACGGAUGCUUCAAUCGCCACUGACUCGUAAGAUUUCACAGCAACAGCAACAACAGCACCAGCUGGCCCUCGGAUCUCCGGGUUCUACCGGAGAAGGAAACCCGUUCCUAGCGAAGUCACCGGGACAGAUAGCAAUGGAAGCGGAAAUGUACCUGGAACAGGAGAAGCUCCUUCAACAACAGCAUAUGCAGCAACAGCAACAACAGCAACAGCUUCAACAGCGGAGGGAUAGCAAAACCAACCUCGAGUACAACAGCUAUUCAUCCGACGAUGAAGAUGGAACAGAAAUUACGCCGGCAGGAAGGUCAACCCCCAAUGUUUCCGCUUCCGCGAGUGCAGAGCUUGACAAUAGCGAAACUGUACCCGCUGCUGAGGCAUCCGCUCUAGAACCUAAAGAACAAUCCCAACCACAGUUGGACCAUUUUGACUCCAGUGACACGGUUGACAAUUCUGCUCUAGACCCAGACUCGAACAUUUAUGAAAACAACUCCAUUGCGGGUUCUGCCGCUCGUAAGCCCAUGACCAAACUUUUGUCCAGUAGUAGCAGUUUCAAGGAAAAGCUACUUCCGCUGGAACCCGACUCUAAAUAUGUCCCUGUCUAUGACCACAACGCAAUACUCAAAUCUCCAGUGAAGCAACCGACCAACGUAACUGACGACAAUUCCACGGUAGACAACACAAGCCACACCAAACCGGACGAAGAGAACGAUGAGAAAUCCUUCGAAUACACCGACGAAGAUCUGGACGAAGCUUUACUGGCAGACAACAACGAACCAAUCGACAACAGUGGCGAUUUGGACGAUCCGUGCAACGAGAGUCAGUCUUUCUAUAUGCCGAUGACUCCAAAGAAACCGGUUUUGAACACCUCGGAAUCCUCCGACCUUAAACUCACGGCAAUGGACAUCCUAAACUCGAUUCAGAAGGGUUCGGUAGACGUGCAGGACGAGAACACCUACAUCGAAAUGACCAAUGGUCAAAGCGGAAAAUGCGUGUUCGGAGAUGACCUUCGAUCGACCUAUGAAAUGAUCAUGGUUCAAAACAGUCCUCCAAAGGCCGAUCAGGAACCGCUCUACAUGGAACUGUCCCAGCUGAGCAGCAACAGCUUGGAGAAGAAAGAGAAGCCCGAACUGCCCAGUAGUAAUCGCAAGCCGGCUUGCGAGAGCAAUACGAGUACACUGAAGAAGAAGCAGUCCGACCGAAAUACCUUGAGCAAGAAGCAUAGUAAACGGAACGACCUUCCGGAUAUUCUCAAGUCCAACAACAGCUAUCUCAAAGACGACGAUAGCUCGGACGCAGAUGAUGAAUCCGCUAAGGACCUGAACAACUCCAACAUCAAAGCCGCUCGGUCGCGAUUCAGCUUAUCGGAUACCUUCCGACCGGCUUCGUACUAUCUAGGAGCAAGCACUAGCACUCCUCUAGGCGACUGCAUCGACAGUUCUGAUAGCGAGAUCGUAUCACCUCCUCCGAUCCCAACUACAGCUCUCCCGCUGGACGAACACAACAGCGACGAAAUAUUCCUAUCGGAGAAUUUCGACACCGUCAAACGACGAGACAAGGUUGGUGGUUCGAAGUCAAACUCCCGUUGCUCCCUCCUCAACACCUCGGAUCAUCGUCAAUCUAGCCAAACCAACCUAUCCGGAUCGAUCGACGGCAAGUCGCAAACUGGGAAGACCACCCACUACGAUUCCAACAGAUCCAGCCUACAGAGUAACCUCUAUCUGGGAUCUUGCUACAAUGUGGACGGCAGGUAUGAUAACGGAUCGAAUACAUCGUCCGAUUACGACCUGUACAAACGGCUUCGGACGGAGAUUCCCGGAGAUGACGUCAGCCGUCGAACGUCCACUUCCCUGUCCGAAACGGAGUCCAUUGAACUGCGGCGGAGCAGUUCCAAGAUGGACAUCCACACCCGUAAUAAACGACGACCGAUUUCCGAGGACUCGUUGAACGAGAUCCAGGCGUUGGGGACUUUCACUCUCGAAGAGUCCGUUUCAAACGCGAGCUUCGACCAGUAUCUUGGCAAUUUAGAAAACGUGUACGUGAACUCAGAAAAGACCAGCACCAGCCGAAUGAGCUGGAUCAACGACAGUUUGACGAAUUUGCCCACGAUGGAGGGGUUCAAGAAUGGCCACGACAACAACAUUUACUACGAGAACGUGGAAAUACAGCCACCUCGGCCUAAGUCCAAUACGAAAAACCGCACGGACGAUGAAGUGAAGGCGUUCUACGAUUCCUUGGAGGAUGUGGCCUCACACGAGAAACUAACCCUAUCGCCGCUGAAGGAGAAGAACCUGUCGAUUCACGACGCACGCUGCGAAUCGGAGGACUUGAUGGCUGCCGGACGGAGCAAUUUGAACAUCGAGAUAGUGGACUCGGUGACCAUGUCCUCCAUGGAUCUUGAUCAGCGAAGUUCGUGUACGGUGUUCGACAUGACGCAGACCACCACACCGGUGCACAGCCGGGGGAACAGUAAUCUGUCGGAUUCGGCACCGUACUACUACUCGGAUCUUCAGAGCCGAGAUUCGUCAAUGACGGAUAUUAGCAAACUGUCGGAUUUGGGGAGGAUCAAGUUUCCGCUGAAGUUGAACAAUCAACGGGAUGUGGGCGUGAAGAAGGCAGGAAUAUCGCACAUCCACAAUCCGAUAAGUCACGUCAAGGCGGCUAACAUUCUGACGGCGGCGGAGAAGGAUCAUGAGAUAGAUCAGCGAAAUAUUUACGAGUCGGAUCGUAUGAUAGACAAGAACGUGAAUAAGAUGUUGGAGGUUUCGCUGUCGUCUAACAGCAAGAAUUAUUACAGCAACAAGAUGAUGAACAGUAAGCCUAGUCAGCUGGAGGAGCCACGCAUCAGCGGCGAAGUCAGCUCAUCUACGUCAAUUUUAGCGUCUAUAUUGAAAUCUAGCAAUAGUGCGAGUAGCAAUCAGGUGUUGGCUGCGUUGAGUAAUCAGCAUCCAGCAUCUAAGAGUAGUUUGAACAUUGCCACUGACACUUCGGCCAGUGGAGAUCACCUUUGGGAAGAAGAUAGUUUGUGGAGAGACAAUCUGCGUAGAGCGUCACAUAUGCACGCAAAGUCCAUGGAAAGCCUGGAUCAUUUGGCGGCUGGAUCGUCGAUGCAGUCCAAGUUAUCUACGCUGAAUAGGAAGCACUUGCAACGGCAAGCAGGGAAGGCCAUAACGCGGGACGUGACCUAUGUAAACGACGAACUGCUGACCAAGACUCAGCUAUUGAAGAAACAGCACAAGUCGCAAGGUUCUAGCGAUGACAAUGACGUUUACGUGCAGUUGGCGAACAAUACGAACAACAUGACUGACUCGGCAUCUUCCGAUACGCAUUCCGAUGUGUACGAAGUGCUUCGAGACGAGACAAAGUACGACAUUGAUAGGGAAAACAUUCGACAGUGGGAUCUGAUGUCCAGUGGACUGGUCAACAGUACGAACAAGAGCUUUGAGACUGAAACAAGGGACCUCUACCGAAGUCAGUCGAACAUGGAAAAGACGAACAGUAGGGAAGGGACGUUGAGGAAGAAGCGAAGUUCUCUGGGUAUGGACGGAUCGUUUCAGUCGGCCAAGGGUACAGUCGCUAGCACAUCUAAAGCAAGCUCGCUAGUGGGUCCCUCUGGUAGUAGCAUUGAGACUGCCAGUUCCACAACCGUCGAUAGCAAUGAAUAUACGCCAAGUCCCGGGUCCAGCCAUGUCUUUCCAACGUCGUCGGAUGCACAUGUUCACAAAAAGCACAGUAACACAACACACUAACGAACAAUCAAAUAACGGAACGGAAAGCACAGUUUGUUAAGCGAUAGAUUUCUAGGAAGUAUUACUCUUAAGCAUUCCAUUAAUUCGGUAAGGUCAAACGUAUGUAUUUAUCAUUUCUCUUUGUACAUUAAUAUAUAAAGCAAGGCCAAAUCUACACACUCAAGCAAUUGCGAUUGAAAGCGAAUAUGAUAAAGGACUUUUAGCAUAAAGUGAUAUGUUAUUUGACUUAAGUUGAAAUGAUUUCAUAUACACACAAUGGAAGAUAUGUAAAUAUACAUUUUGACAUACAACAGA